AUGGCAUCGCACAAGAACGACUACAACAUGGAGGCCGGACUGUUGAGCACUGACAGAGAAGAGAGGAUCAUGUCUGACAAGGAAGCCCUACUUCAGGACUCGGAGCCUACCCAACCCCAACGUCGAAGGAUCUCCCCAGCGCGCAAGGUUUUGGUUGGUUUUGCCGUCUGCUGUCUGCUUGGUGUUGGACUCGGUGUUGUUGGACAUGCCACCAACAUGAGCAUGUGCCCUGGCCAUCUCCGUCAUGGUCAUGGUGAUGCCAUGGACAAGCACGGCAUGAACUCUCACAGGCCCAACCUGUCCGAGUCCAUUGCCUUGAUGGUCAAGCGUCAGAACACUCCUGGACCAAGCGACACAAACCAGGCCACCGAGCCUACCCAGGGUCCUUCGGAGCAGCCCUCGGCCACCGGACAGCCCUCUGCUACAAAGCCCACUCAGGAACCUACGCAGGAAUCUACUCAGGAGCCUACGCAGGAACCUACCCAAGAGUCAACCCAGGAGCCUACCCCGGAGCCUACUCAAGAAUCUACUGAGGAGCCUAGCCAAGAACCUACUUCGCAGCCCUCAGCCACCAGGGAACCAACUUCAGCCCCUUCCAACACCCAGACGAGUGAGCCCUCCUCAGCCGAGCCCGCGAGCUCAGAACCCAGUGAACCUGCCCCUGACACGUCAACAGACAAUCCCACCUCUGCCCAGGACACCGCUUCCGAGGAACCCUCUGCCUCGGAGACCCAGGAACCCACCGAGUCCGAAGCCGAGACGACUGCGGCUCCCACGCGAAAGUCGACAACUGAGGAACCCAAGUCGACUGAGGAUUCCGAGCCCACUGCUACCGGUACGUCUGAUUCGGAGGAGGAGACUUCCAAGACUUCUCCCUCUUCUCCAAGUGCUCCAACGUCCGAGUCCUCUGCUCCUAGUGCUGCAACUGCAACCUCCACUGCUGCCAGUACGUCUGAACCGCAAACUACUCUGCCUGAUGAUUCUUCUUUUACUUCCUUGCCGUCUGAGACGGCUUCCUCGGGUGAGAUUGCUCGUUCUACCGCCCCUGACACCACCACUGCUGUUGAGACUACUGCUUUUGAUGCCACAACUGCUUCCUCUGAGUCCGCCGAUGAAUCAACGUCUGAGUCCGCCACUGGGUCAGCGUCUGAGUCCACCGAAGAGGCAGAGACAACAUCCUCCGAGCCUCCAGAGGAAACAGAGACAUCGACAACCACCGACGAGGACCAGGAGACUUCAGCCACUGAGAGGCCCACGACUACCCGAAGCACCAUCACCGGAACCGGCACCAGGCGAACCUCGAGCGCUGUGCCCCAGACCUUCACCUCUACUCUCGAGAACGGCGGUGUCACCACCAUGACUUCCACCUCUUGGGUGGAGGUUGUCCCCUCAGCCGAAGCCACCGCCAGCGGAAGCCCCGACCUCCAGAAUGCCGCUCCCCGAUACUCGGCCUCGGUCGGCGGUGUCAUCUCGGCGGUUGUUGGCAUGCUGUUUGGCGGUCUGAUGCUUCUGUAA